AUGAACCCUACAAAGCACGACGUCGCUUCACAGAAGCUGCUGAUAACCGGCGCCACGGGCUAUAUUGGUUUCAAGUCUCUGCUUAUCGCUCUCGAAAGAGGAUAUGCCGUUCGCGCUGUCGUUCGAAAUGAGCAAAGUAUCUCACAUCUUACGGAGAAACGCUCCCUGAUUUCCGAAAGCCAUAAGAAAGGAAUCUUAGACUUUGUCGUGGUUCCUGAUUUCUUGGCAUGUGACAACUGGCCUGUUGUUCUAGAUGGCAUCACGAGCAUUAUCCACAUCGCAUCCCCGCUGGCACAUGAAAGUGAAGAUUACGAGAGAGACAUACUAAGUCCUGCGAUAUCCAUGGUGACCACAGUCUUGGAAGCAGCCGCCAAUGUCCCCUCCGUCCGAAGAAUUGUCAUCACGUCCUCGUGCGUCACCUUGAUUCCUUUCGAAUGGAACAUGGCUCCCGACAGUGAGAGACUGUACUCCGCAUCGGAUAUAAACUCAGAUCCUCAAAAGCCAUACGGCAGUGCCAUGGAAGCCUACUGGGCUUCAAAGGCAUACUCCAGAAUCGCUGCGCGGGAAUUCAUUGAGAAAAAGAAGCCUCACUUUGACUUUAUUCAUCUGCUCCCCUCUGUGGUGUUUGGCCCGGACGAGCGGAUUCCUCCAAGUGGCUCUGUAGAUGAGCUGUUGAAGGAUAACCGAGCUGCAGUCCUUGCCCCAGCACUUGACGGCUCCACGAAUUCAUCAUUUCCGUUCGUCGGUGUGCCUGUUCACGUUGCGGAUGUUGCGCGCGCUCAUGUCGAUGCAGUGGACAGCGCUCGAAUUCCAGGAAAUUCCGAGUACAUCCUUAGCUCUGACACCCCUGAAGGUGUUGUCUGGGAUAGAGACAUUGCAGCAGUUGCUAAGAGAUAUUUCCCAGGAGAAGUGGAAAGUAAAUUGCUACCGCUCAAGGGCACGCUCCCUUGUAUCAAGUGGCGACUGGACGGCGAUGCUACAGAAAAAGCUUUUGGGUGGAAGUUUACUAGCUUCGAACAAACCAUGAGAGAGCUGCUCGCACAAUAUCUCAAGCUCAAGAAAAACGCCAACCAAUAG